ACAACUUUUGUUACCGACUAUCCAGAAACAAGUUAACAGCCAACAGCGGAACGAAUGUCAGUCGGUUGUGAAUCCACAUCAAGUCGAUCUUGACAAUGAACAUGAAAUUUUUUUAAUUUGAAAUUAGUGAUGGAAAAACACAUUUUGUUAGCGUUUUGUGUAGGAACAGUUAUCUACGUAUCCUGUCUAGCUUUCGAAGAAUACGACAACUAUGACGUUGGAGACGAAUGUCGCGCAGGCAACACUCGCGGUAUAUGCAAAAGCGUAUCAAAAUGUCCCGUUGCUUUAAAUUCAUUGAGAAAAUUACACAAACAUAAUUUAAAGAGGUGUUUAUGGGAUAAUUCUGACGAAAUAGUUUGCUGCCCGGGCUCGGAAAUAAGAGGCAACUCAAAAAUAGAGUCUAUAACGAAUGGAGGAAAUGACGAUUCCGAAGAAACAACCACCACUCUAACGGAAGAUAGACGACAAUCUAAUAAGAGGAAAGCCGAACAAGCUUGUGAUAACGUAAGAGUGUCUUUAAAAGCAAAUAUCAUAUUUCACAUAACAGAUGGCGAAGAUGCCAAAGAAAAAGAAUAUCCUCAUAUGGUAGCUCUAGGUUUCGAAGACGCUAAUAACCCUGGGGAGAUAGGGUGGAAUUGCGGCGCCUCUUUAAUAUCAUCAAAAUUUCUUCUCACAGCGGCCCACUGCCUCGACAAGGCUGUCAAACCGACGAAAGCCCGUCUGGGUGUGACAAAACUCAACGACACUAAUCACGUCGAUAUAGACAUUCGUAAUAUUAGAAUGCAUGAAGAUUAUAAUCCUUUAUUAAAAGUUGGUGAUAUAGGUCUGGUAGAAUUAGCAAAAGAAGUUACUUUUUCAAAUCGUAUCAAACCGGCUUGUUUAUAUACUAACGAGACUGAUCCACUGGGGCUUCUGGUGACUGGAUGGGGAAAAACAUCAUUUUUUGAAGAUGAUAAUAGAAGCAACAUCUUACAAGUGGCGAAAUUAGUUCCCGUUUCCGUGCCAGAAUGUAAUAAUACCAUUUUCUCUAGAUCACUAGGAAGUAAAACAAUUGAUUCUAGUCAAAUUUGUGCCUGGGGAAAUACAAGCGACGCCUGCGGGGGUGAUUCUGGUGGUCCAUUGCAAAUAAAAGAUGGAGAUGUUUACUCAAUUGUUGGUAUAGUGUCGUAUGGUUCCGCAUGUGGAGGAAGUGUUCCUGGUGUUUAUACAAGAGUAUCAAAGUACUUAGACUGGAUUGAAAGAUACGUGUGGCCACGCUUUUAAUGAAUUAGUUCUUAGUUUUCUUACGUGUCAUUAUUUAAAAUGUAAUUUGUAUAUUUAUUCUUCAUAAUUAAAGUGUACAGCUGAUUUAAAUAAAUUUUUUUAAACAAUC